UAAUGUACAGCUCCUUUGAGCACUGGUUUGGAUGUGAGCCAGCAAAUCCUUAAUCCUGCCCUGUACUAGGACCCUGGGAAGAUUAUCAAGGAAAGCAGAACUGCUGGACCACACUGCAGACGACUCUGAUUCGCUUCUCUGGGAUAAGACCCAGUGUUAGCAUUUUCUAAAGCUUCCCAGGCUACGCACAGUGAACAUCUCCAGCGAAGAUGACCUCUGCCACCGUUAGCCUGGGGGCCACCAUCUUCUGCCUCUUGACCUGGGCUAGCCUGGCUGCCAGUGAUAGGGUGUACAUCCACCCCUUCCACCUCCUCACCUACAACAAGAGCAGCUGUGAGGAGCUGGAGAAAGCCCAUGAAGAGGUACCACCAGACCCGACCUUUGCGCCCGUUCCAAUUCAGGCCAAGACAUCCCCUGUGGAUGAGGAGGCCCUGCGGGUCCAGCUGGCCUCGGCAGUCGAGAACCUGGAGGAGACUGACAGGCUGAGGGCCCUGGGGGUGGGCACACUGAUCAACUUGAAGGGCCUCCACAUGUACAAACAGCUGAGCAAGACAUGGCACACAGCCCAUGUGCUGUCCCCAGUGGCUCUCUUUGGCACUCUGGCCUCUUUCUACCUGGGGGCCUUGGACUCCACCGCCAGCAAAUUACAGACUUUCCUGGGUGUCCCAGAGGCCCAGAGCUGCACUUCCCGACUGGAUGGACAGAAGGUCUUCUCUGCUCUGCGGACCAUCCAGGGCUUUCUUGUGGCCCAGGAUGAGGAGCAGGGUGAUCCCCGGGUGCUCCUGUCCACACUCGUGGGCCUGUUCACAGCUCCCAGCCUGCUGCUAAAGCAACCCUUUGUUCAGGGCCUGGCGCCGUUUGCACCUGUCACCCUUCCACGUUCUCUAGAUUUGUCCACAGACCUGGAUCUGGCUGCUGAGAAGAUCAAUAGGUUCAUCCGGGCUGUGACAGGAUGGAAAAUGAGCAUCCCCCUGGCAGACAUCCGCCCAGACAGCACCCUGCUUUUCAACACCUUAGUCCACUUCCAAGGGACGAUGAAAGGGUUCUCCCUGCUGCCAGAGCCCCAGGAGUUCUGGGUGGAUAACGCCACCACAGUGUCUGUGCCAAUGCUGUCGGGCACUGGCACCUUCCAGCACUGGACUGACGUCAAGAACAACUUCUCAGUGACCCGGGUGCCUCUCAGCAAGAAUGCUGACCUGCUGCUGAUCCAGCCCCAGCACACCGCAGACCUGGAGAAGGUUGAGGCCCAUGCUCUCCAGCUUGACUUCCUGACCCGCAAGAAGAAUCUGGCUCCUCGGGCCAUCCGCCUGACCUUGCCGCAGUUGGUGCUGGUGGACUCCUGUGACCUGCAAGAGCUGCUAACCCAGGCCAAGCUGCCCACGCUGUUGGGUCCUGAGGCACACUUGGGCAGAAUCAGUGAUGCCAACCCCAGGGUCGGAAAGGUGCUCACCAGCAUCCUUUUCGAACUCAAAGCCGAUGAGGGCAAGCAGUCCCCAGAGUCAGCCCAGCAGCUCCCCGAGCCCGACGCCCUGCAGUUGACCCUCAACAGGCCAUUCCUGUUCAUCGUCCGUGAACAGCGAGCUGCCACCGUCCACUUCCUGGGUCGUGUGAAUGACCCACAGUCCCGUGCAUGAAUCUGCCAGGGCGGAAGAGCAUCCAUCACCAGUCUUCAGCUUUUCCUUCUCCUAGUCUCCUUCGUGCGCGAGAGACGUCGUUUCUCCUUGGCAGCAGCGAUGCUAUGUAGAAUGAGUAGCAGGAGCCUGGCAGCCCUGGACUUCCCAAUAGCGGUUAGCUGUAUUGUGUACUAUGGUGCAGCGCCCAGGAAUAGGGUUUGUGUGGUCUAACUUAGUUUAGAAACCAAAAAUGGUUUCCUUUUUAACGAAGCACAGACAUUGGGCUUUGAAAUGAAAAUAAAAUUUUCAUUACAUUUGA